AUGUCCGAAUCAAACGCUGCGUUGGCAGCAGCCCAACACUCGGUGGCAAACCCCAUCCCCGUGGCUCCGAAAGACCCCCAUCCCCACAAUCCUCUGCAUCCUCAUGGCAGCAGACAUGACGCCCACGACGCCCAUGCGCUUGGUCUGGGCACCCCCGAACACCGACGCUCGCUCACCAGCAAUCACGAGGUCAACGGGCAUGCCGCGACGCCGGCCUCCAAGACGGCGCCCUCAAUUGCGUCUGUGUCGUCCCCCAAAUCUCAUACCGGCGACAGAGCAGGCUCCUCCACAAUCCCCCACUCUGAAAUGAACGACCAGGGCGUGCCCACCAACCAGCUCAAGCCCAACGCCGCCGCAAACAUGCCCAUCACACUGAUUCCGGUCAUCUUCAAGGAGGCGUCGUUGGACUCGCCCUCUUUCCGAGCCACCGUUAACCACGUUAUUUCCCAGUUGGCGGUCACCUCACAGUGGCUCGAGGGCUUUGUGCAAAGCGUCCACGACGUCACCGCAGAAAUGCACACCCUCCAGGCCGUCAUCAACAAUUUGGUCGGCAAGUUCAUGCCCUCGUUCGUGACCGAGGGAGUGGUGGAUCACGACUACACCAUGCUGGUGCUGCGACGGUUCGCCGAGGGCUCCAAGCUCUUCUGGACCAACGCCAUGAAAAACAUCAACGGCCAAAACACGCACCUUGGUGAACCUCUUGUCAAGCUGCUCAAACAGCGAAUUGCUCCCUUCUCAGAGACAGUCAAGGCGUUCCGAGCAGCCCAAACCAAGUACGACGCCGCCCAGGCCAAGUACCUCGCUCUCAACAAGACCAGAGAGCCCUCGCAUCUUCGGGACGAGGCAAUGGCCGUUUACGAAGCCCGAGCAACCUACAUCAAGGCGUCGUUCGAAUUCUGCGCUGGCUACCUAAGACUCCACCAUGCCAUUGACCGGGCUCUGAUCCUCACCAUCACAGACACCUGGCGGUCAAACGCCCGAAACCACGACGACAGCGCACACCAGCAUGCCGGCUCGGCGUACUUCCGACUUGGAAUCGAAAUGCACCGAAUCCGAAACUGGUCCAACGCCAUCCACCAGGCCAACAAGGUGAUUGUGCGGGAGAUUGGCAAGGCCCGAAAGGAAAUUGAGGACAGCACGCUUGCCGCAGCCAAGCCAUCCAAGGAUAUCGCUGAGUAUCAGCCUCUGUCACCAUCCACUAAGCUGUCUGUGGACUCCAAGGUCACCAACCACCCCAUCGAGAAGCACGGCUGGCUGCUGAUGAAGACCAACUCGCCAGCGGAAAAGAACCCUAUCUGGGUCCGACGAUGGGCAUUUGUCAAGGCCGGCCUGUUUGGCUGGCUGAACGUGUCGCCUCCCCCCGAGUGCGACUUUGUCGAGGAGUCCGACAAGAUUGGAGUGCUGUUGUGCUCCAUCAAGCAGCUCCCCACCGAGGAAAGACGGUUCUGUUUCGAGAUAAAGACUCAGGAAGUGACACUCAUUGCCCAGGCCGAGUCACUGACCGAGUUCAAGUCCUGGCUCGUGGCCUUCGAGCUCGCCAAACAGCAGUCCCUGGACAAGGAGUCGCCGUACCGGUCUUCUCUGGCAUUCAAGAAGUGGACUGUGCCUCUUCCCGAGUUUGCCUCUUCUGGCGGAACCUCUAUUGAUGUUGCCAUGGCACACACUUCGUCCAAGACUACCGAUACCACCUCUCCUUCUUACCUCGGAGGUCCCCAUGCCUAUGCCUCUGAACACCAUGUUCACCAGACUCCUCUGCACAAGCUGAUGGCUUCUGGUAAAGCCUUUAUUGACGGCAACGAAACCAACGAGCACGGCGAAAAGUCUGCCUUCAACUUCUCUGGCUUUGGACCUUUCAAUACAUCGCUGGCCCCUUCGCCUCCCAUUAUCACCCCCAUCUACACCCGGAUGACUAAGGAAGCAAUUGUGUCGACGGCGUUUGUCAAGCCGUCGUACAUGCCAAACGCCGUUACCGCCAACGUGUGGGGUUCCGUCAACUGGGCGCUUUACGCCAAGAACUCGACUGUGGCCAUUGCUUCUCACGAAAACAUGGUUGAGUUCCAGCGCAAGAUGGAUGAAAACCCUACCACAGAGACAGAUCCCUUCCCCGAAAACUACCCCAUCGAGCUCAAGUCCCAGGACCUCCAGAUGCGAGCCAUCUUCCAGACCGCCGUUGAUCACGACCCCAAUGAUCGUGUGGUUACUGUCUUCCGAUGUCUCUGGUCUCCCAAUCCUCGCCAGGAGCUUCCCGGCCGAGUCUUUGUCACUCUUAAAAACCUAUACGUCUACUCAUACUCUCUGGGUUUUGUUUGUGCAGUCAAGAAGCCUCUGACUGAAAUCGUAUCUGUGCAGGGCUCCCCUGACAAUGCCUGGGAGAACCUGUACGUCCUGGGUACUGAUGGAGCUGUUUUGAGAUGCCGAGUCUUCCUAGACUCUGGCCGGCUUGUUCAGCGACGUUUGCAGAUCAUUCUGUCCAAUGUACUGUCAGACAGUCCCCGUAAUCUGGAGGAGAUGCUGCCCAUCCUGCAGGAUGGAGACAGCGACCACAAGAUUCUCACCGAGAACGAUGGCUGGUACGAACGAGAAAGCGAUCUUGGAUACAUUGACAACGUCCAGGGCGAACACGACGAAAAGUUCUCGCAGGAAGAGCUGUCCGAGCAUCUCGUCAAGCGGUAUCGGGAUCUGCGAAACAAGCGUAAGGAGGUCAAGGCCACCAAGCGACCAACUUCCUCAUCUGCCAGAUCAGUGGCGUCCAAGACCGUUGAUACUCCCGACUAUUCUCUGCAUUCGUCGACUGCACAGAAGGUUGUUGAUAGGGAGUUCCUCUGUCCCCCCAAGGCACUGUUCCAUAUCAUGUUUGGCCAGAAGUCGCGAAUGUUCAAGGACAUUUACUCGCGUUUCCACAAGGUGAUUUCUUCGCGACGAACCAGGUGGAUGCUCAACCCCGAAGACAAGACUCUAUCUCGACUCAUUACCUACGAUCUCAAGCUGCGAUCGCUAAUGGAGACCGGCACCCUGGUGUCUCGAAACCUGCAGGUUAUCGAGCGCAUGGACGAGAACGUGUGCUACGUGGUGCACAACAGCCGAAACCCCUGGGAAAUCAGCCACGUCAGUUCAUUCUACCAAUCCAUGCGGUUUGUCAUCACCGCCAACGACACCGGAGGAUCGCGUCUGUGCAUUUGGGACGACCUCGUUUACACCGAGAAGAAGCGGUCGCUGUUCAAGUCUGUGGUUGAGACUGUGGCCAUGCGAUACAUGGAGCAUGAAGCCGAAUCUCACGUUCGACUCAUUCAGCAGUGUCUGCGACGAGUCGGCACCUUUGACUCCACCAACCGGUCCAUCAUCAUGUACGGUAAGCUGGGUCAGAUUGACACUGAUCCCACCCCCGAGCAGCUUGCUGAACUGGAGCGAAAGGACUCGCAGGAUGUGCUCAAGGUCUCUCGACGACGUCUGGUCACCUGGGUGUCCGAAUCCAUCUUCACAUUCCUGCUAACGGCUCUCACGGCGUUCAUGAUCAUCAUUGUGAAGCUCGCGAAGGGCUUCUUCAAGUCUCUGUCUCCUCACAUUGUGCUGAUUGUGCUUCUGGCCGUGUCUGGUGUGUCCAACCUGUGGCUAUCUGGUCGUCUCACAUACUUUCACAUUAAACAACAUCAGGAGGCCCGUAGGGCGGCUCCAAGCGACACUUUAUAUCGAGCGGUAUUUAUCAAUGAUCUGGAUCCCAUGAUGCUCCCCUCGGAUACCAACAAUACGGAUUCCAUCGCUCUGCAAAAGUAUUUGUCUCUGGAGAAGUCUCGGGUGUUUGGAAUGGACCCUGACAAGAUCCUCAAGGGCGACGACGGUAUCGGACUCGAAGACAAGUUUUUUGAGAACAAGUACUUCUCAGAUGUUGCUUCUCGGUCGGCCUCUCGAAAGAUCCAAAAGGCCCGGUACAUGCUGGGUAUCAAGCGCCGAGAGCUGCUGGUCAACCUGCGAGUGCUCAACCGAUCUGACCGAGACCUUGCCAUUGAAGAGUGGCAAAACUGGCUUCGAUCCGAAGUCCGAAACUGUGAGCGGUUCACAGCACGAGUGGCUGCUGACCCGUUGUACGGCAAGGACAAGCUGGACGAGGGCAAGUUUGAACAAAUUGAAAACUACUGCAACAGCUGCCGAGCGGAGAUUAAGGUCCCCGCUCUGCUCUAG